UCGCAUGCACAACAAAAUACAAGCAAAUAUUAGUUAAAUAAUUCUAAAUAAAGCGCUCCUAUAAUCUGCGCCACAGUAGUAAACGCAUCAUUAAAUUUAAAGUGCAAAGAGACUUUCGGGGAAUGGAUAAUUUUGCAAAUACGAAUUUCUUAGUUAAAACGAAGAAGGGGAAGCCCCCCGCUGAUGAAUCAUCAGGAGGUGUUUACAAAUCCCGAAAUCUUAAAAAACACCAACUUCAGAACACGUGGACCCUGUGGUUUUUGGAGUACGAUGCCAGCAAGUCGUGGGAGGACCUGCUCAGCGAGGUUGAUAGCUUCAGCACCGUCGAAGACUUCUGGAGAACGUAUUACCGCAUCAAACCGCCAUCAAAGCCCAAAUCGGGAUGCGAUUACAUGCUCUUCAAAAAGGGCAUUCGCCCCAUGUGGGAGGAUCCGUCAAACAUUAAGGGUGGUCGUUGGUUGAACGUAGUCGACAAUACCUCAAAAGCUGAUUUGGAUAUAAUAUGGCUCGAUGUUAUGCUUUGCCUGAUUGGCGAGGCCUGCGAUCACUGCGAUCAGAUCUGCGGAGCCAGCAUUAGGAUUCGCCGAAAAGUCAAAAAGGUAUCCAUAUGGACUAAUAAUGGCAAGGACGAGGAGGCCAUCCUUGAGAUUGGUCACAAACUAUGCGAACUUGUGCGUCUGGGAAGCUCUUACACGCUUCAGUACCAGGGGCACAUGGAGGUGUUUAUGGGCUCCGAAUUGAUGUACAAGUUGAAGGUUGAAAACGGAGUCGUCACAACUAGUUAAUUCGAGUUGUCUUUAUUUAUGCCCAAAAUAAAUGUUAAAAAUAUUACCCUUCAUUUCAAAAAAGUCUUAACAAAAAUAAUUUUAAAAAAUAUAUUAAUUUAAAUAUUAUUAUUAUUUUAAUAUUAUCGAAUGUAUAUGAAUAAAUGAAUUGAAAGCCAAUGUGCAAUUACAA